CUCACCAACCCCCACCACACCCACGCUUCUCCCUUGUUUUGAUUUUGGGGAUCCAAACCACUCGGAGCGAUAACACACACACAUAACACGCGCACGAGAGAGAGGGAGAGAGAGAGAUGGGGGAGAAGGUGUACACGCUCGAGGAGGUGUCGAAGCACAACACCAACAAGGAUUGUUGGCUCGUCAUCAACGGCAAGGUAUAUGAUGUGACAAAAUUCUUGGAAGAUCACCCUGGCGGGGACGACGUUUUGAUAUCCUCGACUGGGAAGGAUGCAACAGAUGAUUUCGAGGAUGUCGGGCACAGCACAACAGCAAGAGCAAUGAUGGACGAGUACUAUGUUGGGGACAUCGACACGUCGACGAUACCGGCCAAAGUGAAGUACACGCCUCCCAAACAGCCUUACUACAACCAGGACAAGACCUCCGACUUCAUCAUCAAGCUCCUCCAGUUCUUGGUCCCAUUGGCGAUCUUGGGCUUGGCCGUCGCAGUUAGAUUCUACACCAAAGCCUAAUAUCUUUCGGUACAAUGCAUGUUAUAAUAAAUUUAUAUUAUUGUUGGCGAUCUCGUGUAAGCAAACUAGUAAGGGGAUUGUACUCUGUCUGGUUGUGUUUUGAAGUCCAUUGCUUUGUUUUGCGACUGUUUUCUGGAUACAUGGAUUCUAAUUUUCCUCUGCUCCUGAAUUGCCCUUCCAUUUCCGUUAUCGAAACUUUGUAUCUUUUCUUUCGGUCGAGUCUUUGAUUGGAGCAGGAAAAUUUGUUUUCUCUUUU